AAAUUUUAAAUCCACAACGCAGCGUAAGUCCAUUGAUGGCGAUCUUUUGAAAAUAGAAAUAACCUUGUACGCUUUAGAAAAACUUUUUUUAAGGCUAAAUCAUAGGCCUUAAUGACUAACGUGGAUUGGAUUUUUUUUUUAAAUCGACCCAAGGAGCCAAUGGUAACGGAUUAUUUUAGCCGACUAGAUCUAUAUUUAGACUUGACCCCUAAACAAUCAUGAUUGUUGUCUAGGCAAAAUGAUUUCAGCCAAUAGGACUUAGUGUGCCUUAGUGGAUUGCAGUAUGCGCAUGCGUAUUACUUAGGCAAUCGUAUGAAACCAACGAAAUGAAGAGUAAGGGAAAUCAAACUAUCUGAACAAAUUAAUUUAUUUGUUCAAAAUUUUUGCAGUAUGGCAGACAUCACCCUUGUAGAAGGACAAAGGGACACAAUAAAUUCACAUAUUAAUGUUUUAAGAAAUAAUUGUUCAAUAACUUUAGAUAAUAAAGAAAAUUCUAACUUUGAAGUAGAUAAACCACUGUGUCAUUCUGUUUCUUCUAGAGAAUACAAUGACUCCACAGUAUCUUCUUUAGAAUUACAUUCUGUUGAGUGUAGUGAAACUAUUGAAGACAUAAUUCCAAAGAUGGUACCUACACCACAUUCAUACUCCUCUAAUGUAAAUAAUUUAGAACCUAAAGAAAGUGUUACGACAUUGCAAAACAUGUCACAAGCGCUAGAAACUUCAAUUGAACUUCGUCAUGAAAAACCUGACAAUAUUGAAGAAGCUUUAAAGGCUUCUAAGAUAUGUACUGAGGCGAAUUCUGACAGCACAAAAGUAUUGGAGGGUUUGAGCGAAUGUGAUCUUGAAACUGCUGAGAGUGUAACAGAAGUUACAGAAGCUUCAAAAGAAUUGGAUCAGAAAAGUCCUGAUAAAAUAGAAGUUUGUGAAAUCAAUAAUGAAUGUAGUCAACAAAAUCCUGACAGCAUAGGGGAAGUAAGCUUAUUAGAGUUUUCAGAUGAAUGUGUACAGGAAAAAUCUAACAAAGUAGAUGAAAUAUUGGAGACUUCAGAUGAAAUUGCCUAUGAAAAACCAAACAGUUUAGAAGUUAUGGAAGCUUCAAAUGUUUGUGUCCAAGAGAAACCUAUCAGUAUAGCAGUAGACAAGGAAGUUUCAUAUUCAUGUGAGCUAGAAAAACAUGGCAUUACAACUGAAGAAAUGGAAGUUUCAAAUGAAUGUGUCCAGGAAAAACCUGACUGUAAAACAAAAGUAAUAGAGGCUUCCAAUGAAUGUAGGUUGAAAAAGUCUGACGAUGUAGUUGAGCUUGUUGCUGAAGUUAAUUGUGAACAUAAUGAUCAGGACAGUUUGACUGAUAAUUCAAGUAGUAUGUUAAUUGAUACAGAACAUGACUCUAAUUUGUUAGAAAAUACAAUUAUAGCAGAAACAGCCCAUAAUGCUUCUGAUCACAUAUCAGAGUCUCCUUCAGGUGAUAUAUGCUCUGAGUUCAAAGAUAUUGACUUUUAUAACUCCACUGGGGAUCAAUUGGCAGUUUUAAACAAUAAUUCUUCCCAUACAUCUAGCUCAUGUUUGUCCAAUCAUGUAGAAGACUUGGACACCUACAGCAAAAAUAAUAAAGCGCUUGCUUGUCUGUCUGUUGAUAAGAGCCCUAUAGAAGAUAGCCCAAUGAAAGAGCCAGCUAACUCUGAUGUCCAGGAGAGACUUAAUUCCUCUGAAGAGGAUCUGUACAUUGAUGAGACUGACAACCAAGAGGAUAGAGUGUGUGAAGACAGUCCUGACCAGAGAGUUGAAGAGAUGGAAAUGUCUGAGAUUAAAAUUGGUGAAAGUCUGAGUAUAACAGACAGUGACUAUGUGAAUGAUUUGAGAGACAAAAAUGUGUUUAAUGGGAAUAGUGAAGAAAAGAUAGAUGAGAGUUCCCCUAGCGUUCUUAGUGUUAUUAGUUAUUCCAAUGCUGCUAUUGAUAUUCCUUCCCCAACUGCAGACAUUGCUAUAGCUUCUCCCAACUCAGAAUGUGUUGUUACCUCUCACAAUGCUUCUAUCAGUGGCGCUUCAAAAACUACUAUAGGUGUAGCAUCAAGUCUAGAAAAUGCUGUUUCUGCCAAUGGCACUGACUCUUCAAAUGCUACCUGUGAAGAUGAUUCUUCAACCACUACCAGUGGUGUUGCAUCUAUAGCAUCUCCUGUUGCUGUAAAUACUCUUGUUCCCCCAAAUAAAGCUGAUAGUGGUGUAGAUGAAUUGGUUAUCAGUGAUAGUGAGUUAGAAGAUAAAGACACAGACCUAGAUUUAGUCAUUGUAGAGUCUGGCUCUGUAGAUGAUGCAGAUAAAGAAAAUAAUUGUUUAACUAGCAAAGAAAUUGAAACCGAAGACUCAAAAAUGACAGAAUCAACAUCAUAUGAAGAUAGUGAUAAAAUUGUUAACUCUCCGAAGACUAAUUCACCCAAAAAUGUAGAUAAAAUGCCAGCUAAGAAAGUGGAUGACAGCCACAAUACUAAAGCAUCAUCGAACAGCAAUGACUUAUUAUUGAACACUAGCACUGCAACAAAUGAAGCUAUGGACAUGGAUGAUGACAUUGUUUUGCUGGAUGACUUUGACACUCCACACACCAGCCCAAACACUGAGAAGACUGAAUCCAUUUCUUUUAAAAAUGUUCUUAGAAAGCCCUCUUCAGUGUCCAGCACAUGUAUAGACGAUCAUAAAACAAAUGAGACAAGUUGUGAAGGAAAAGAAAGUAAUAACAAAGAAGAAGAUCUUGUUAACACAGAAGACAAUUUAAAAAAUGAAAAUAGAAAGAGGUAUUCUAUAGAAGAAUUUUCAAGUAAUACUUCAAAACGUGCUAAAAUAGACACUAAUGUUAGUGAUGUAAAGGACCAAAAAGUGGAUAUAGCCGACAGAAGUUCUGCUGAAGAAGACAAACAGAGGGUUGCAGAGAUAGGGGCAGAAAAAAAAGAAGAAAGCCAGCUUACUUUUCAAACUACAACUGAGGUACUGCAAGCGUUUAUAGCUGUUCAUUUCAAAACAUUAAUGAAAAACCAAAAACUAAUCAACACAGAGAAAUUAAACAGAAAGACAAGGAUAAUGCAGUCAACUACCAACUUGUGGAAAGAAACAGCAAAACAUUUAGAGAAGUCAGUCUUAGACCUUACAAUAAUGACAAAAAAAUUGGACAAGCGUAAAGCACAUGCAAACACAUUAAAGAAUUUGGCAAACAAAAGUAUUGGCAUUCAAGUACAUAUACCAGAAAAUCAGGCAAAAUCUUCAAACCAGGCGCAAGUCCAAAGUCCUUCAACCAACAAAAGAGUAGACACAACAUCCUCUGUAGGAUUGUUCACCUCAUCUCCUGUAAAUGUUCCAACUCAAAAUCAGCCAACUAGAACUCAGUUUCAAAAUUAUAAUAACAACCAAGGACUCAAUAAGAAUCCUGCAAAAACGAUGCCCCAAAAUGUUUCAUUAGCUCCAAAGAAGAUGGUUGCUCAGUGUCCAGCACCCUCUGCUCAGAAAAGCAUACCAUCCCCAAGACAGACUUCUGGGCCAAAUAACAGGGUGCAGCAACAACAAAAUGCAAAAGCUCCAUUAUCUUCUCAGGGAAACAGUACAAUGGACUCAACCCUUAUAGACUUAACAGAUGAAGAUGACAUCACUAGGAGUAAGAAAGCAUUACAUUUGCAAGGUUCUGUUUCCAGACCAGUUGUAAAUAAUAAACAAUUGAAUCUGCCAGUUAAUGGUUAUAAUACCUCUCUUCCUUUACCCACUGGAACUUCAGCUAUUUUGAUGACUCCUAAUCAAGUUCCAAUGGCCCAGGUUCAGAAUACUCAUAUAAUCAGCGGACAACCUGGAUCAUCAGGAGCUCAAUUUCAAAUGAUCCCUAUAAGCAACACUGCCCAAUCUAACAAAGCUCCAAUACUUGCCUUGCUUUCAGGACCAAGACCACCUAGUAGUAUUUCUAGCCAGAACACCCCAAGUCCAAGGAACUUACCUGCUGCUGCUUCUACCCCCAGCUCCAACAUGAACCCAGUGGUGACCAAGUCAACAACUAUUGCAUUGCCACAGUCAUUUCUAAUCAGUGCUAAGCACCCUGCACCACUUCCACAUAAUCAAGAUACAGGAAAUGCUCCGCCAAAUGCUAAAAAUCGACCUCCUAAGCCUGGUUUAAAAAUUUCAAGAGUAUCUCAAGGCAUUGUACUGUCUUGGAAUAUGCCUAUUUUGGAAAAUGUUGAAAGGAUUGCAUCUUAUCAACUUUUUGCCUACCAAGAAAAUGAAAAUUCUGUUCCCAAAUCUAGCCUGUGGAAAAAGGUUGGUGACGUGAAAGCACUCCCUCUGCCUAUGGCUUGCACUCUUACUCAAUUUCAAGAAGGCAACAGGUAUCAUUUCUCUGUCCGUGCAGUUGACCAUUAUGGUCGAUGUGGCCAGUACAGUGACCCAAGCUCCAUUUUUCUAGGUCCUAAGGCAUAAUUCGUAUCCAUAUCAAAAAUGCAUUUAUCUCCAUCUCAUAGAUGUUGUAUUUGUGUAGUUAGAAACCAAAUGGCAUUAAUUCUUGUCUAUAAAUACUGUAUAAACACUGCCAGUUAGUGCUUAUGUUAAGCCAAAAAUCAUUCAAGUAUAUAUGUACCUUUAAUGACUUGUUUUUCAGUUAACAAACAUUUUGUUUUUGUUUGUGAUUGACCCUAAGUUGUAUUUGGUUUAGAACAAUCUCUUUUAUAAAAAUUAUUGCUUAUAGAAUUCAUUACAAAUUCUAUCCAAAUAUUUUUAGAGGUCUUUAUUCCCAGUUAAAUUUCUUUAUUUUCUGAUUAUAUAUUCCUAAAGAAUGAUUUUCGGUAAAUACUUUUUUCUUUUAAUAAAAAAACCCUCAGGUUCUGCUAUUUAUAGUUUUUAAGAAAUGACUAAUUACCCCCAUGCUUUUUUUUUUUAAUACAGAGGCUCUCAACUUUUCUUGAAUCAUGACCCCACGUUAUAAGAUAAAAAGUGACCCCACCAUAGGGUUACUAUGUAGGAUAUGAAUAUUUGUAGGUUCAAGAAGUUUGCAUCUACAAGUGGGGUCAUGACACUGGAUUGAGAACCACUGACUUAAUGCAAUUGUCUGUGAUUUAAGACAAAGUUAAAUUUAUUGUUUGUUAACAAUUUUUAAUAGUAGAUGUUGGCUUUUUGUAUGUAAAUAGAUUGUUGAAAAUAUUUUAUUAAAAAGAUCAUUGUUUUGAAACUGCUA